CGGGGAGAGACACGGAGGGAGAGUGAGAGACACAGGGAGGGGGGGAGUGAGAGACACAGGGAGAGGGAGAGAGAGGGAGAGUGAGAGACACAGAGAGGGAGAGACACAGAGGGAGAGUGACACAGAGAGGGAGAGUGAGAGACGCAGGAAGAGUGACACAGAGAGGGAGAGUGAGAGACACAGGGACAGAGAUGGACAUAGAGGGAGGGACAGGAGUGGGGACAGAGAUACAGACAGAGGGAGAGACAGAGAUACAGACAGAGGGAGGGACAGAAGUGGAGACAGAGGGAGGGACAGGAGUGGAGACAGGGGGGGUGACAGGGAUGGGGACAGAGGGGGUGACAGGGAUGGGGACAGAGAGAGGGUCAGGAGUGGAGACAGAGGGAGACACAGAGAGGGGGACAGGGAUGGAAACAGGGAGAGACACAGAGAGAGUGUCCUUUGAAGGGGAUGUGGUGCAGACUCUCAGAGCCCUGGGGUCGCCCGGGUCACUUCUGGAAGUGAGUGCACUCUCACAGGCAGUGAGUGAGGGUCCGUGUUCCCUCUGCUUCACCGCUUUGUGUUCCUGGCUGGCCUCAGAGCUGAAGGCUGUCAGCCCCCUGGAGGAGUGCAUCACCCCAACGUCGGGCCCUGAAGAUGCAGAAACUUUCCAGUUGGAAGCCAGUGGCCUGGUGAAUGAGUUGCACUGCCCCUAUCCUUCCCUCACCACAGGCGAUGUGACCUCCAGGCUGAACAACAGAGAGAGCUGCCUGCAGCUGCUGUUGUUCCUGGGCUCUGAGCUGCAAGCAGCCAGGAUCCUAAAUGCCAGGAAGCCCUUGGUGCUGUGCCAGGUACCCAGGGAUAUUGGGGACAGUGACGGUGAUGAGACCUUCAAAGAACUGCAGGCUCUGUGCCAGGCACUGGGCAUGGCUGAACCCACCCGAGACACCCCUGUGCUCCAGCUUUUCAAGGACGUGGAAACUAAACUCCGAGAUGUCAGUGCUGGAUUGCCACAAGCCGGAGUAGGUAAACCUCUGCUGAACAAGAGCCUGGAGCCAGAACAAUGGGAGAACCUGAAGGAGAUCCAUCGAGCGAUGUGUGUGGAGUAUGAUUGCCGUCGACAGAUGCUGAUCACGCGCCUGGAUGUGACCGUGCAGUCGUUUCACUGGGCCGAAGGAGCAAAGCAACACGAGGCUGUGAUACGACAGCUGUAUGAGCCUCUGAGACAGACCCUGAGCACCAGGAGCAGUAUAACUCCAGCUCACCUGCUGUCUGCACGCGAGGAUCUGUCUGUCAUCACCAAGACCACCAGUGAAAGCAGCAGAGAGAGAACUGCCUGCUCCAUCAACAAGGUACUGAUGGGGCCUGUACCAGAUCGAGGAGGGAGACCCGGUGAGAUUGAGCCUCCAAUGCCCACCUGGGAGUACCAUCGGAGAGCCGGCUCCGCUGGUGGGCGCAAACAGAAAUGGAGAGGCAAAGGGCGGAAGCACAAAUGAAGCUAAACCAGGAGUUUGUCCUCUUCACCCUCUGAAGAACAAUAGAGGGAGUCACUUCCCAUGGGCUGGAUGUGAACAUAUUGAAGUGGCUGUGUAAGGUUAGGACUUGGAGCUCCCAGACUGGGUUAGAGAGCGUGUGUGAGCGUGAGAGAGAGUGUGUGUGUGUGUGUGUGUGUGUGUGUGUGUGUGUGAGAGUGAGAGUGUGUAUGUGUGUGUGAGAGCGCGUGAAUGAGGCUCCUUGUGAGAGCGUGAUUGUGUGUGUGUGUGUAUGAGAGAGACUGAGUGUGAGUGAGAGAGAGAGUGUGUGUGAGCGCGUGUGAGAGUCUGUGUGAGAGAGAGCGUGAUAGAGUCUGUGUGUGUGUGUGUGAGCGUGAGAGUGAGUGUGUGCGCGCGCGCGGUGAGAGUCUGUGAGAGACAGCGUGAUAGAGUGAGUCUGUGUUUGUGAGAGAGAGCAUGAAUGAUAGUCCAUGUGAGAGACAGCGUGAUUGUGUGUGUGUGUGUGUGAGAGAGAUACUGAGAGUGUGAGUGUGUGUUCCAGACUGUUGAAAAGUUAGGGUAGCCUAAGAUUAAGCCACCAUAUUGAUGGAUACCACAAUAAAGCAAUUAAAUGUGUGGAGCGUUUGAGACCCCUGAUAGUGGGAGGUGGGGGCUGAGUGUGUGGAAGAGAUGAGUGAAUCCAUUCUGUAUUGUUAAAGCAUCUCUGCACCAGGCUCACUGUGGGUGAGAGAAAUCCCAAACCCUUACCAAGUGUAAGUGACCAUCGAGCGGCUUGAAAUGUGGCGUAGAGCGAGCUCAGCAUACUGCAUCACCUGAUCAUGCUCAGAGCCACCCAUUUCGACACAUUCUGAUGGAGUGCAGGGAUUUUACCCAGGCCUGGAUAAUACUGUGCGUGUUUGUUCAGCACCUUUCUGUGUCGCCUUUGUCACAGAUCCUCCUUUCUUUGUAUACUCGCUGAAAUAGUUUCCUUUAAAUCCUCCGCAUUGCUGAGAAAAUGUGGGAUCUUUUCAUGUUGCACUCAUCAGGACAAUUGCAAGAAUUCCAAAUCUCAAAGGGAAUGACAAUUUGUACUGCGUGCAGAAAAAGCACUGAUUUUUUUGCCUUUCCUAAUUACUGAGUGAUUAUUGCUUUGUAUUUUGGCAAUCUGUUGGAAGUGUCUGGAAUUUUAUGACCCAUGGGUCUUUUUCUUUUCAUUCUGAUAACCACUAUAUUUGCUGGCAGAGAAGGGAAUUGGUGCAGGGAGGAAGAGUUCUGGUCAUACCCAGAGAAAGAAUGGGUCUUCCCUCUGGGUGCCAGUGAAUGUCAUGGUACCCAUGUUGCGGUUUCAGUUCAGCUGAUGCCUUUCCUGGCACCUCACUGCAGAGGGCAGCCUUUGCAAAGUUUCUGUAAGAAUUUUGAAUUAAUAUUUGCUUUCCUCACGUUUUCAUUUGCUCUCCACUUGAAUUUGGAUGCUGGAUCAGUUGUCUUUUCAAAAGCGAUUAAAACCAAAUUAUUCUCUG